AAAUUUUAAAAAAGUACCCGGGAAGUAAACGGUUGGGUCUGGCAUAGAGACAGACGGAUUUACUGUGGCCUGAUCAUCUGUCUUUUGGCACAUCUCCAUAAGUCGCACAAUAUGGACAAGCUAACCUUCCCUUUGUUUCCAGCCAUAGAGCUGGUGAACUUUUUCCGUCAGAAUGUUCUAACUGGGACUGAAGCAAAAAACUUUAGCAAAGUUGAUAUUUAUCCCAACCCAAAGCCUGAAGUGAUUCAAAGACUCUACAUGAGAGUCUUGCAACAAGUGUUCAACUAUGGGAUGGAACACUUCUAUAUGGUGCCUAUGAAUCUUGAAAUCCAGUACCCAGAACUUCUUGAAGGCUUUGCACCUGUCGCUAAUAUUUUGAAGCUUAUGGUGCGUUUUAUGCCUAUGUGUCGUGUGCAUGAUUUCCAGCCAUCUGAUGUCUUGAAUCCCAAAGGAAAACGCACCCUGCAGCUCCUGAGUGGGAUUGUCAACUUUUUUCACUUUAGAGACACUCGGAAGGAGGUUUACAACGAAUACUGCUUGAGCUAUAAAUCUGCUUUGGAGACAAAGCAUCAGUUGCAGAAAACAAUUCAAGAAGCUGAAACCAAGGUUGAGAAGCUUAUGACUGUUCCACCAGAACAACAAGCAGAGUUUAAAGCCCUCUCCGCUGACAUCCAUGAUUUGCAGCAGAUAUUAAGCCAGGAAUAUCGUGCAAAAGAUAUAGCUUUUCAAGAAAAAAUUUCACAGCAAAAGGCAGAUUUCACAGAAAAGAACAAAAAAUUGAACCAACAUAAACUGGCAAUUGCUACCAUGAAGGAAGAACAAGAGCGCAUGAAAUCUCAGAUUGUGGAAUCUCCAGAACAACGGAAAAGUAAAACCGAGAGGAUGAAGGAAACUGUGCACAAGCUGAAACAAUCAAGGCAAGAGACAGGUGAGAAAUGUGAUUACUACAGGGAAAAAUUAUCUCUGGCUAGUCAGUGGCAGGUUGCCAUGCAGGGAUAUAUCAAGAAACUACAGAAUAUCGACGCCAACCUAGAAAUGUGCAGAAAAGUUCGUGAAGAGACCAGACAGGUGGAAGAGCAGGUUGUCAAUGUAAACCUGGAGCUAAAAUCCUUCUCAAACGAGGAUGCUCAGCUCAAAAGAACACUUUUGCUCAAGAAAGAGAAGCUUGCAAAACUGGACAUCAAAAAUAAGAAGAAACAGGAAGAUUUUAAUCAGCAGAAGCAGGAGAUUCUAGAGGUCUGCAGUCACAUCCAGGAGAAGAGACAGGCUGUACAUGGUCGCGUGGCUCAAGUCCUUCAAGAAAUCCAGCAAAAAAGCAGCAAAAAAGAGGAACUACUCGAAAUGGCUGAUGAAGAAAAAAAGAAAUAUCAAGAGGUCAUUAAGGAUUUCAGAGCUGCUCUGGAGAAAUACCAUGACAGUUUGGAGAAGGCGUUUGAUCGUAGCGCAGAGAGAAAGCGUGAAAAAAUUGCCGAGCUGAAUCGAAGGUUGAGUCGGAGAUAGAAAAGGAGUUUUCAGUAGAGUGGGAAAAGGGAUUGGCUUUGUAUGUAUUUUUGUGUAAUAAAGUCUUCUUUUUUAUAUGCGUUAA